CCACAAAGCAACCCGGGCGGCGCUCCUGCCAAAUUCUUGUUGUUUUUCAUUUGUUGCAACUGUUGGUUCUUUUUUUUUGGUUUAUUUCUACGAGCAAUAAAAUAACACAAAAUUUAAUAGACAUGGAUAUGGAUGCAGAACCUACUUUUCGUGAUUACGCUUCACUCAAGCGUCUGAAAUUCGACGAUGAACGAAUAUCAACAAUUACAUCUCGCGAACAGCAAAAGACGGAGAAUUCCAUCGAAAAAUGUUUCAAUCGUUUUCAACAAAUGCAGUACCUGGAUGCAAAGGUAGCGAAAAUUCAUCGCGAAGAACACCAACGCUACUUGGAAUCAAUGUUGCGCCGGUUACCUACAAAUUAUGAGUGCCUAGAUAGUAGUCGACCGUGGAACGUAUACUGGAUAUUACAGGCAGCGCAUUUAUUGAAUUUCACCUUUGAUGAAGAGACACUGGAGCAUGUGGUACAAUUCCUAACCAAGUGUCGUCAUCCGAACGGGGGAUUCGCAGGCGGUCCCGGCCAAUAUCCUCAUCUAGCGCCCACAUAUGCAGCUGUUAACAGCUUAUGCAUUAUUGGCACGCCAAGUGCGUAUCGUGCCAUUGAUCGAGAUUCAUUGAUGCAAUUUUUGUUUUCCGUACGUGAGCCAGAUGGUUCGUUUCGUUUACAUGUAGAUGGCGAGACGGAUGUGCGUGGCGCAUAUUGCGCUAUCUCGUGUGCUAAACUGACAAAUAUGCCUGCCGAAGUUUUGGAGAAACUGUUUGACAAAACAGGUGAUUGGAUUGCUAGUUGUCAGACAUAUGAAGGUGGAUUUGGAGGAGCGCCGGACUUGGAAGCGCACGGCGGUUACACAUUUUGUGGUAUUGCAGCUUUGGCAAUGCUAGACGAAGGACACAAAUGUGAUACACACCAACUGCUGAAAUGGAAUUUGCAACGCCAAAUGCCUUUCGAAGGGGGCUUUCAAGGACGUACUAAUAAACUAGUCGAUGGCUGUUAUUCUUUUUGGGUUGGAGCUACAAUACCCAUAACACAGGCUAUUAUCUCGCAAGAAGGAGAGCUUUUAAAGCCAUCACUUUUUGAUACCAGCGCUUUACAGGAAUACAUAUUGCUAUGUUGUCAAAAGGCGAAUGGUGGUUUGAUCGACAAACCUGGCAAGCCACAAGAUCUCUACCAUACCUGCUAUACUCUAAGUGGCGUUUCGAUUGCCCAGCACUCUGAAUCUUCACUCAAUCCUAAAGUGUUAGGCGACCCAGUAAAUGAGCUCUCACCAACACAUCCGCUUUUUAAUGUCCCGCCACGUGCUGUUGCCUCAUCACUAGCCCACUUUGAACAACUAAACCAAAAAUGUAAAGAUGAUACAAACGCGUGUAGUUCUCAACACGACUCACCGCCUAGUGGAGAUGAAGAUAGUAAUGAACGAGAAAUUGCGUCAAGCGUAAAUCUCAUGCAAACGGAGGAAGGUGUAAAUGGCACUGAAGAAGAGGAAGAAGGGCCCGUUUCCUCAUUGAGCUCAUCAAUAUCGAACUGAUAAAUAAAAACCACUGCAUUAUAAUUGAAGCUCGCAGUUCAAUGAGUCAUUGUAAUAAAAUCGUUGUUAGAACAAAGGGGACAUAACAUGGGGUAUAUUUUGCUGCUCGAUAAAAAUUCUCCUACAUAUGUAUUAUAAAAAAAAAAAAAUUAUAAUAAGAGAUGCCUUCCGAUCGGCUAAAGGAAGCAAAUCCAUGAUCUACUUACCCUCGCUCACAAGCCGCUCAAAAGUCGUCCUCUAAAAAUUGUAGCUAUGUAUUGUAAAUGUAUUCUCUGGUGCAGUUUUUGAACGAUUGAUUUUUUCCUUUUUCUAUUGUCAUAUAUUUCUAAAAUAAAUGUCAAAUGUCUUUAAAAGAAAGCUUA